AUGUCAGACUCUCAUGGUAAACCAGUAGAGAACGCCGAUCCACAACUGCAGAUUAACAAAGAAAAAGUCGAUUAUGCUCCAAAGGGCGCAGGUGCGAAAAACUUCAAGUUCUAUCCGGACAACCCAGAAUCCAGUUUCAACAAAUUUCGCUUUGCAGCUAAGGAUGCCAGCCAAUUCUACGAUCCCUGCCAAGAAUCUUCCAAGAUGAGCAUGAAAUGCCUGGAAACGAAUAACUAUGACAAAUCUAUGUGCCAGGAGUACUUCGAUGCCUACAGGGAAUGCAAGAAGCAGUGGCUUAAGGCUAGGAGGAAUAAUCGGAGCCAGUGGGAAUGA